AGCGAGGUAUGGGAAAAUGACCCAUCGCGCCGAAGGAAGCGGGGUCCAGCCGUCAGAAAUGCCUCUGGCUGGACGGCUGGCCCUCUCCGCUGCCGCCUUGCUCUUGCUGAUGUUGGCAUACCGGUAUUACAAGUCUCGGGUGUCCCCUGGCACCACCGGAGCCCACGCUGCUGAUGCCAGCGCCGGGGCAGAGCAAAGAGAAUGGCAGGCUCGCAGCAGGAUGGAAAACGAAGCAGCGCCGGGGCUGAGGCACAGAGGUGGCCGGAGCAGGAAGACAGAGCCAUGCUGCCCAGGGACCAAUCAGCUGCCACAGGUGGGUAGACGUGGAGUAGCGGAAGAGCGUGGGCAGGCUUGGAAACCCGCUGGCAGAGAGCUGCGUGCCCCGAGAGAAGCAGAGGCCGAAGAGAAACAGGAGGCAGGGCACGUGAGCCAUCUGGAAACCGGAUUGCAGGGGGAGGAACAAGGUGGGAUGUCAGAAGACGGGACCAAGGAAAGGUUCUGCGCCAUCCAGAGCUGUGGUAGUAAAGUUGGGGCUGAUUCGGGCGAUUCAGGAAGUAGCUUCAGAGCUCUAGAUCUACUCCACCCAGAGGGCGAGCCCUGCGGUUCGUACGGCAGCCAGAUGGGGCCUGGCUGGGAUGUUGCCUCUGUGGAAGCUGAAUCCAGCUGUGCCAAGACGGUGGAGAGAGAGGCCCACCCCACGGAUGGGAGUGAAACUGGUUUGAGAAGAGGACAAGGCCCGGAAAAAGACAGGAGGGGGCAGGUUGAGGAGAGCCAGUAUGGACAGGAGAGGAUCCAGGCAUUCUGUGCCACCAGUGACAUGGGCUUGUCAAUCCACCAGCGCCAUGUGCAAUCUCACGUGGCAUAUGCGUUCUCCUCGGUGGCCAAAGUUCAGGUGGAGGAGAACUUCAUCAAAGAGAGGAACCCCAAAGAGCAAAACCCAGCUCAAGACACUCACCUGAGAGGCAAAGUCUAUGACUACUAUGUUCAGUCUACCUCCCAAUCCAUCAUGAAUAAAAACACCCUCGCUACCAACCUGGAUCCCCAACAAUCCUGCCCCCUCUCUGCUACCAACAUACUCAAUGUUUCCAAGGAGUGUUUGGCUGAGGAACCUGUCCACUCUUCAGGGACAGAAAAUGAAGCUGACAAGCUUAUUUUGGAGAAGGUUCCAGACGUAUCUUCUAACGUUCUCCUUAGUCCUGCAAAAGCCAUCCCACCUGAGGACGAAAGAGGGGUUGUUGCUGUUGAAGAAGCCAUCUUCCCAAAACCUUCGGUGGCCAGACGUAGCUUGAGCCGGAAAGAGAGCUUCCACAAAAUUGUAGAUAAUCCAGAGUUCCAGGUGCCAAUGGAAGGUUUUGGUUCUCCAGCAAUGGGACCCUCAAGUGGCGACACCCUGCCUCCAGCUCUUCUUCACUCUGACUCUGCUUCAUCUCUGGUGCAAAAUCUCCAGAGCACCAGAAGAGAAGAGCCAGUGGUGGAGCUUGUGGCGGGUGCUAAAUUUUUCCAUGUCCCGCUGAGCUCCGAAUCCUGCCUGGAUGUGCGCUUAGAUCUGGGGAACUGCUAUGAGGUCUUGUGCAUGGCCAAGAAGCAGCAACUGAAGGAUCUGCAAGAAGCAGCCUAUAAGGUCAUGAGUGACAACUAUCUCCAAGUGCUGAAGACCCAGGCCAUCUACCGCCAACUCAAUGCUGCGGAGAGGGACUUAAUCCUACAGAAGAGGAUGCAGGGCAAGAAAUACAUGACUGUGGCAGACAUCAGUUCCCACGCAAGUAGACUCUGUUACUACGAUGAUCAGAAGGACACUUGGUUUCCAUUAACACACAUACCUGUUGAAGCCAUCUCCAGGGCCUGUGCCAUCUGCAGCAUGUUCAACUACCUCUUUGUAGUGGCUGGCUGCAAAGGGCAUGGAUGGCAUCAGAAGCCAUCCAACCGUGUCUUCUGCUACAAUCCCUUGACCAACAUCUGGCAGGAGAUCUGUCCACUCAACCAGGCCAGACCCCACUGUAAGUUAGUUGCCCUAGAUGGUUGUCUCUAUGCCAUUGGUGGAGAAUGCCUCUAUACAGUGGAACGAUACGACCCACGCCUGGAUCGUUGGACGUUUGCUGCUCCUCUACCCAACGACACCUUUGCCGUGGCCCACACGGCCACCGUCUGCGACGGGGAGAUCUGUGUCACAGGAGGCACUUUGAGGUACAUGCUGCUGAGGUACGUUGGACGGACAGACACCUGGAAAGUCAGUCUCACUGGAGGAAGUCAGGACAGGACAACCGAGAUGGUGAGCGUCGACGGCUUCAUCUACCGCUUCGACCUCAACCAGAGGAUGGGCAUCAGCGUCUAUCGCUGCAGUGCCAAGGCCAAGCUGUGGUAUGAGUGUGCCACCCACCCAAUGCCGUUCCCACCUUGCUUCCAGUGUGCUGUCAUCGGAAACCUCGUCUACUGCGUCAACCGGCAGUUCAACAUCCGUUUCCUGGCCGACUUGGUGUCUCCACGAUUUGGGACCAAAAAGCUGGAAAACUUCCCUUCUCCAAGAGGAACGCUUAUCCCGGUUAUCCUGACAUUGCCAGAGGGGGACACAGCACCCCAGACGAGGGUUUGAACGAUGCCCUUUGGAGCGAUGAGGCAAACCUGCUCUCACCAAGGACCAUCUCCUGGUUUACCUCUCCGCCCACCAAGAAACAGAGGCCGGUUGGGGCUACCUCUUUCUCCUAAAAUACUUAAUCCUUGUAAAUUUGCAUACAAAUUAACUGCAGCCUUCCAGGUCUUGGAGCAUGGCCAGAAGCGAGUAGAAAUGUAGGCCAAUUCCAUACAACCAGGACGGUGGGACUCUGCACCGUGUUAUCUCCCGUUGGUCUCUUGAUUUAAGAUUAAGUAAUUCCAUGUUCUCCGACUGGGACUGAUCUCGGGAUCUUAGUUAUUGAUAGCCUGUAGGGGAAGGGAAGUUCAGAUCAAUCUCAUCAGAGCAGAGAGCUUAUUCCACCCACUAUCCUACCAACGAAGGGGCUCUGGGAAGCCAGAGACCAUCCAGAUGUGAUCCCAAUAAUAUUUCUUCAUAUCUCCAGCCACUGAUAAUUGGAGGAGAUAUGAAGAAAUAUUAUUAAAGGAGAUAUGAACCUCCUUUAGGCCUGGAGGUUCUACUCCAAGACACAACCUUCUUCCAUAAACGUGUCCAAUCCCCUUUUUAUCGUAUUCUAGGCUGGUGGUUUUCAUGGCAUCCUAUGUGGAGGAUUUCACACCUUAAUCGUUUAUUUCUGUGGCUCUGUUUCUCCCCCUUAAUUACCUUUUCUCAAUCCUGCCUCUGCUGUCAUUCAGUUGAACUGGGAGAUCUAGUUUAGCAAAGGAGGAGAAAAUAAUGUAUAUUUUCAUCCACGGGCCAUCAGCUCCUGGAAGAUGGGGACGCUUUGUGGGAACCCCACAGUGCCAGCAUCCCGACGGAUUCAUCCUUACCUGUUUUAGUGGAGGAGUUAGCUCCAUCCACACGUGCCGUUGCAGGAAAUAGUAACCCAGAGGUUACUAAACCUUUGCCUGGUGCAGAUCGUCUUUCUCCCGUCUCCUCCUGAACUUAUGGACCUCUCACUUCCUUCACAGAAGCCUGCAGUGUUUGACAUCAUUCUGUUGCUGGCAGGUGGGCUGACGGGAACGAGCAUCCCGUGACGUCACGGAAAGUCAGCCAAUAGCAGCUCCGGUGGCAAAUCACAACGAACUGUAGAGUCCUAAUGCUGCUAAAUAAUUCAUCGGUCGUUUUUCAGGGUUUGGCUGUGCGAGUAAAGUAAACAGCAGCAAAAGGCCUUUGAAAACUCUGCCUCGUAUAUGUUAAUCUGCUUUUCCCCCCCUUGUUUAUUUUUUUGCACUGCCCUCUCCUGCCCUUCCUUCUUCCAUUACCAUAAGUGACUGAAAUUGGAUAAUUAAGAUACAUAACCUGCCAUAAUCAUUAAUACGCUUUACACCCACCGUCUUAGAAUGUAUUU